GAAUGAUGACCGGAAGAGCAUGUGCACCAAGCGAGCGCUUGUUUGGAGUUUGCUGCUCCUCUCUGUUAUCGAUAUGGGACUUGGAGUAUCCAGCAUCACUCUGGGUGUGCUGGGCAUGAGGAGAGCCUUGUGGGUUCGGAGGAGCCAAACAUCUUACUCCACACCAAUAUUGAGUGGCGUGUGUUUUCUCAUAUGUGGAGUUUGUGGGAUACUGUGUGCCAAAAAGAGAACUGGACUUACUAUGAUCCUGUCCGCCUGCUGCAUCUGCGGACUUAUUGGAGGAAUUCUCAAUGUCCAGUUUGUGCGAACGAUGGUUAAACGAAUGAAUAAUCUGCACUCUCUGCAUCUGGCCUGCCUCUGUCUAGCAGUCCUGGGCAUCUUGGGUUGUACCCUCUCCACCUGGCUUACAUGCAGGCUCGCCAGCUGUGAACAGAAAAGACUGCAUCAUUCAGUGGAGAUGAAUGAAAAGUUGAAGUCACCGUGUGGUAGUCUAUAGUUGGCUUAGUGUAGGAACUUUGAACUUUUAUGGUAAUAGCUUUAAUUGGAUUUGGUUUAUAGAAAUUCAUGGCAAUUCAGAUCAAUUCCAAUGUUUCAAGGAGGUGUUGUGUAAAAAUAAAUCCUGGAAUGAUGAGUCAUUUGUGUUUGUGGUAGAAGUUCAGUUUUGUUUAGUGAUAUACAUGUGGUAAAGUCAGUCUACCCUGUUCCUGGUUUUGUGAGGCACACAUUAACAGAAACAUUUGCAUAUAUUUUAGCUGCAGUAUCAUCAGCAGUAUCGUAGGUUUCGUUGAAGCUUUAAAAGGUUUUUAACUUUUUUUGGUAA